CGACUACCUGGUAGCAGCUGUAUUACAGCAGGACCACAUGAAAGCCGUCAACGUCAGAUUGAAGGCUGGCUCCACCCUCCGAUACCCAUUUCCCAUUUUUGACGUCCACCACUCCAAUCGAAUCUGCGAUUGCUACUUCUUAGGUAUUGGUAUAACGAUUCCUUUCUUUUCCUCAGAUCCUUUCUCACAAAUCGUGGUCUCUUCAAACUGAAGCCUCAGCAUCAGUAGCAGCUUUCACAUCAACAUGGACCGCAAGAAUACGAAGCAGUUCCCUACUGCUGGCCGCGAACCUGUGGUUUCAGCAGAGGAAGGAGAGUUACCUGAUGGAGCCAUGGGCAUGGACUUGGUUGCUGGGAGCGAGGAUUUGAGGCUGUCAAAACUUGUUGCUGCUCGAAUCACACCAUCAACCCCAGCAACAGCUUUCAAGGUGGACCGGAAAAAUACAAAGCAGUUUCCCGCUGCUGGCCACGAAUCAGUGGUGCCAGAAGAGGAAGGAGAGGUGCUUGAUGGAGCCUUUCCAAUGGACAAUGACUUGGUUGACGGGAGCGAGGAUUUGAGGCUGUCAAAACUUGUUGCUGCCCGUCUGGGUGAGACCAAAGAGAUUUCAUGUCAGAACGAGCAUGACAUGACAACGCCUUCUAUGACCCCUACUUCUAUGGCCCCUACUAGAAAAGAAGACGUCUAUGCACCAACCAACGGACCACUUGAAGACUCCAACAAGCCGACCAAACAAGAACAUGAUCAGUUUUUGCUCAAUGAAGAUAAAAUUGAAGCCAGCAAUCCUUCGGGCAUGGCAAAUGCGUCAACGAACGGACCACUCGAAGACCCAGGCGAGCCAACAAACCCAUCACAUCAUCCGUUUUUGCAGUUUUUGCUCGCGGACGAGAAUACUGACACAAGCAACCCUUCUGGUAUGAUGGGCAGCUCUGGCACGAAUCAGGGAACGGAAGCCACUUCGAGCGGACAACAAGACAGCUUGCCAGGUGCCUAUGCGAUGGCUCCAUCGGGCACCAACAACGACGGCUUGAAUGGUGUAGAUCAUUUGCCACCGAAUGAGCAUCAAUCUGGUGUAUUGACAUUUGAUCAUUGUCCGACGACUGCAAGCAGUAACACCUCCUUAGUUGAUGGGGACAUUCCAGUAGCGAAUAUUGUUGGUAAUGAUCGUGAUAACACCAUUCCUGAGGCCACACCAGAAGACCUCAAAGCAAAAGAUGGGCGGAGAAAGCAGAGAAAAAGACAGCUCACACGAAUCGGAGCUCUGUCUCUUGCUUUCUUUUUGAUUGUUCUAGGACUUGUUCUGGCAAUCAUACUAUUCAAGGUGUCAAAAGAUCAAAAGACUGACAUUGAAGGGCCUGUCUCUACAGCGUCGCCAUCGGUUCCACCCUCAAUGCCCCCUUCACAGUGGCGACAGGGCGAUAUUGCUCUUCAGCUAAUCUCUGACUACACCAAUGUGAUGCUUGACGACUUGGAGUCGGCCCAGUAUCAUGCCUACCAAUGGUUGCUGGACGACAUUGAAAUGCACGAAAACAAGCUUGCAGAUGAGCGAAUUCUUCAGCGUUUUGCCCUUGCCACGUUGUAUAUGGCAACAAAUGGUGACAGCUGGUCCGAAAAUGAUAACUGGUUAAACCAUUCAGUCCAUGAAUGCUUCUGGUAUUCAAAUGACUACUUUUUGGAGGACUUCGACGAAGAGCCUUAUGAGUAUGUGCAAGUGGUUCACCCCAAUCCUUGUGAGAUCCCACCCACAGACAACACAGAUGUGUCAGUGCUUCCAGAAGAGUCAGAAAACACGUAUGUUCAUCUCUGGCUUGCCAACAAGGAGCUAAAGGGUACCAUUCCUCCUGAGCUAUUCUGGUUGACACAUCUCAGGAGUAUUUCCCUCUAUAGCAAUGAUGGUGUUUGGGGCUCCAUUCCUUCAUUGAUUGGGCAUCUAACCAACCUGGAAGCUAUCAAUAUGGGGGGCACAGCAAUCUCAGGUCUUGUGCCUAGCGAGCUCGGCUUGUUGUCAGAUACAAUGCACAGCAUUGCCAUCAUCAAUGCUCUAUUGGAAGGAAGCCUCCCAUCAGAGCUGGGUCUCUUGCACAGGAUGCAUGAUCUCUUGGUGGAUCAAAAUGGACUCACAGGAGUUGUGCCAGAUGAGUUAGGCAAUGCAUCAAGCCUGCAAUGGAUAUAUUUGAAUAAUAACUCAUUCACAGGGACCUUUCCAGUCUUCAUGGUGCAUUUACCUCUGCAGCAGUUGUAUCUUAAUGGGAAUCAAUUUUCCGGAGCCAUGCCAACUGAAAUUGGCUUGUUAAGUGAGAUCAAGAAGUUUUAUGUCUACGGAAACAGAUUCACUGGCACCAUUCCAACUCAGGUGGCUCAAAUGUCGUCUGUUAGCGAUCUUGACUUUGAUGACUGCUACUUUACAGGGACUCUUCCAACCGAGCUUGGUCUUCUCACGAAGAUGACAAACUUCUGGGCUGCUCAAAACAGUCUAACUGGAACCAUCAGCAGUGAAAUUGCACAGAACUUCAAUCUUUCAUACUUCAAUGUAUUUGAGAACCAUCUUUCCGGAACAAUCCCUGCUGAUUUUGGCCAGAUUUCCAACUUGAUAGAUUUCCAAGCAGACUCAAAUGAAUUGACUGGAACAAUACCAGCUCUUGUGGCGGAGGGAUUGAGUUUGGAAAACAACAACUUGUCUGGGUCGCUUCCACAAGGGCUUAGCCCCUCUAUUGAAUGGUUGGAACUCUCCAACAACACUCUAUUGACUGGCCCUCUCCCUGUGGGCCUUACAAAUUUGAAUUGGGUAUUUCUGACCGGCACUCGGAUCUCUGGAGUAUUGCCAGAUUAUGUUUGUGAUAUUGAAACACUGGAGUUUGACUGCAGCUCAAUUCUCUGUGGGUGUAGCUGCACUUGCAGCAACAAUUCCAACAGCACAGCAGCUAACAUUCUUGCCAAACUCUCGGCUAAGCAGCUGCCAUAGUUGCUCAAAUUAAAACUAC